AAGAUCAUCCUAUCAUUCUGCCUUGAAUUAAUAAAAGAAAAAAAAAAAACGGCUCUCUGGCGGGAGCCGGCUCUUAUCGUUCACUUAAAAGAGCCGGCUCAAAGAACCGGCUCGUUCGCGACAAACACAUCACUACGACAAAUCCCUCUGAAAACGUCCCACAAGUGCACUGUCUUUAAAAAAAUCCUAAAAUUGAGCUCCCCAGAGUGCCACAGACAGCAGGUCACAGCAAUGGAGAAGUUUGUGAAUAAACGCUCCUGCAUUAAUGAUGCCAGAAGUCCACAGAAGAAGAUCAAACUGGAGAGUGAUGAUGAGAGGAUGAAGCAGGAGGAGGAUGAGGAAGACGAGUUCUCUCAUCCUGUUCCCUGGCAGAAAAUAGAGGCAGAGGGACUAGACUGUGAUUAUGCUCAGCUGUUCUCCAAAAAGGAAGCAGACCACCUUCUUAAUAAGCUGGAGGAGGAGGUGGUGUACGCAACAGGGGAAGAAUCAAAAGUCCACGUGUUUGGAAAGAUGCACAAUAUACCGAGAAAGCGGGCCGCAUGUGGAGAUGCAGGUCUAACCUACACUUAUUCUGGAGUGAAACAUUUAGCCUGCCCCUGGACUCCAACUUUGGAAUAUAUUCGGGAUGCUGUCACAAAAACAACUGGACAAACAUUUAACUUUGUUCUGGUCAACAGGUACAAAGACGGGCAGGAUCACGUGGGUGAGCAUCGUGAUGACGAGAAGGAGCUGGACCCCCUCUGUCCCAUCGCCUCUGUCUCUCUGGGAGCACCGCGAGACUUUAUCUUCCGGCACAGAGACGCUCGUGGAAAAGAGAGCCGCCGACAGAUUGACCCCGUGAAGCUGGAGCUCGCUCAUGGAAGCCUGCUCCUCAUGAACUCACCCACCAACACUUUCUGGUACCACAGCCUUCCUGUUCGCAAGAAGGUUUUCCUGCCUCGUAUCAACCUCACCUUUAGACGCAUCCUACUGGACAGAAAGAAAUGAGGUGUGGAUUAUCACCCGGGCUAUUGGGGCCAAUGCCCAAGAAGCCUCUGACUAUGGACAAGGACAAGCCUCUUGCUGUCCUUGUCACAUGGACAAAUAUCCCAAAUGUAAAAUGUGUUUGUUUAUGCAGCUGAAUCUGAGUGACUAAAUGACAGCACAAGGUGAAAUAAAUGAGGACAUCAACUAGGACUCUGGAGAAUGAGCACUUUUUACAGAAACACUCUUCAUGUACUCUGACGGAGCAAUGGGGCACUGUAAGUUGAUUGCAAAUGAACAUAUUGGAAGGAGAGUUGUGUGCUGUUCCAAAGAAGAUACACAAAUUUGUUAAAAUAAAUCUUUUUUUAUUAUGGUCAAUGACCUGCUGACCUAUUACAGUCUUGUGAUUGCUUACACACUAAAAGUGAAUGCUUAGACAAAA